CCAAUGGAAAAUAAAACCCCAGCAAUUUGUUUCAUGCUACUCUAGCAGUAAUCUCUGCUGUCCCCGUAUAUACGCUCACAACGUACAAACAUACGGUACAAACCGUAGUCCUCCAUGGCUCUUCCUCUUGGCAAGUUAACUAUCCUUGUUGGUGCAGGAAUUGUUGGCUCAAUUCUUGCAAAAGAAGGAGGCAUUUCAAGUGUUUCUGAUUUUGUAUCUGGUGCUUUCAAGAUUGCUUACCGGCAACUUAAGAAUGAUGAUUCUAAUUCAUCUGUAAAAAAGCCACGCAAUGACUAUUUGGUGGAUCAGGUUAACAGCCUAAGGAAGGAACUGCAAAUCUUGGCAUCAAACAGACCAAUUACAAUUGUUACUGGGCGUGGCACAGGUACCAGUAAAUACGGCAUAAUUAUUGUUGUUGUUGUGGUUGGAUAUGGCUAUGUUUGGUGGAAGGGUUGGCGACUUCCUGAUAUGAUGUUUGCAACGAGGCGUAGUUUAUCUGAUGCACGUGAAGCUAUAGCCAAGCAGCUGGAGAGUGUUUACUCGUCCAUCUCGGUUACCAGACGGCAUCUAUCCUCAAGAAUUGAGAGUGUGGAUAAUCGUCUGGAUGAAAUUGCCGAUGUUACUGCUACUACACAAGAGGAGGUUUCUCUGAUACAAGACAAAUCAAAGAUGCUCAACACCAAUGUUCAGUCUGUUCGCUACGUUGUUCAAACUCUGGAAAGUAAGAUUAAAAGAAUAGAAGGGAAGCAGGAUAUGACAAACGAAGGGGUAAACUGGUUGUGCGAUUAUGCCCAGACUAUGGAACAGAAUAAACCCACUGAUCAUAUCCAGGCUUCCCCCACAAGCUCUUCCAGACUAGCUCUUGAAGCCCCAAAGAAAGCACCGUCUAGGAGUGGAUCUUUGCCUCCCAUUGUACCAGUAGAAUUGCCAUCACCAUCUCCAUCUCCGGAUUCCAAUGGUACUCCCAAGGUUAAGAGAUCUCCAAGAAAUGCAUUCUACGGCUUUGGCCUUAAGGAAGUAGGUGAAUCAAGCAGCCGUGAUGUCAGCAACUGUAACCGGGCUCCAGAAGAUAAUACCAAUGUCUCCGCAAGUUCCGGUUUCUUCGGGACAAUGUUUUCCGGUCGGACCAGUUCUUUUCCUAUCAUCGCAAGAACUCGCAGCGCAACUAAUGCUGUGCCACAACAGAUGGGAGGAUAAAGCGGACAACAAUAGUAAACAUCGUAUUUUCUGCUUGAUUCGUAUAGAUGGCCAUUCCAGGCCUCAAGACUCUUCAGUUCAGUUCCCUUCAAAUGGACCGGGAAAUUUUAAAAUCCAAAAUGACUCGUCCUUCCAUUUGAUAGCUCUACUAGAAGCUAAACUGCAGUGGGUGCUGAAUUUUGCAGAGAUGGUUCAAGUAAAUUCUGAAUUUUAGAUUUCUUUCUUAUUUUAUUUAGAUCAUAGGUUAAAGAUUUGAUGGAUCAUACACUUUCACCGAUUAAUAGCUAA